AUGAAAGGGUUAUUUGUAUUAAUAUUAUUUGCCAUUAAAAUGAGUCAAAGUGAUAAACGAUUGGUGUCAAAUUUUGCUAACGAAAUGGAAAAGCUUAAUUCAUUAGCAUCAAUUGAUUCGAAAGAAAUGAUUAUUGAAGGAAGUAAUGAUGAAUAUAAAGAUGAAAGUAUGAAAAUUAUUAUUACUCGUCCCGAUACUAUUCAUUCUACCAAUCUACUGAUUAACAAGCCAAAUAUUGAGAUAAGUGACAGAAAAAAAGUAAUAAUUUUAAAUUUGGUGUCAAAUUUAAAUAAUUUGGAUGAUUGCACCGGAAUUUGUGACAGCCAUUAUGGAAGUAGUUACAUUUUGCCAAUUUUGCGUUCUAUAAAUUAUGAUAAUAACACUGUGCCUACUACAUUUUCCGAUUUACCAGUCGAUGUUAGUUUUGCUCUAAAGAUUAUUCAUUUAGCUAAUUUUGAUUCAAGAAAUAUGGAUUAUUCUAUCGAUUUUGAAAUGCAGAUGAGUUGGAUUGAUUCACGUUUAAUGAACAAUUAUACAAAAUGGAUACGAAUUUGGGAAAAAAGAAUUUUGGAUCAAAUAUGGAAACCUGAUCCGUAUUUUGUUAAUUCUAAACAUUCACAUUUCCAUUAUGUUUCAUUUCCAAAUUUUCGAAUGCUAAUAAGUCCAAAUGGCUUAGUAAUUUAUACUAUGAGAAUAACACUACAACCAUCGUGUUACAUGGUUUUUUGUCAAUUUCCACAUGAUGAUCAACAAUGUGAACUUAUGAUUAGUUCGCUAUCACAUAUACCAUCAAGUGUCCGAUUUUCUUGGCUUUCAACAAAUCCAAUAAAUUUAAUGUCAACACAUCCGUCACCUGAUUUCAAUCUUGUAUCCGUACAUACGCAUCAUUGUGUUGUAGAUGGAAAAUUAUUGCCAUCAUCAUGUCUUCGUGUUUUAUUCAAAUUAAAACGUACCGGUGCACGUUUUAUCAUUGAAAAAUAUAUACCGAGUUCAUUAGCAAUGUUUUUUGCAUGGAUUGCACCAUUUGUGCCAUAUAACUAUGAGGAAGUACGAAUUAUUACACCAAUCUCUGUUAGUUAA